GCGAGUAAACAAACGAAAACGUAAAGUGUCUUGGGGUUUUUGUGGUAUAUAGUUUUAACUGGAAAAAAUUCUUCAUAAAUAUCACACUAAAUUGGAACGUUGUUCUCGGAACUUACAUCUUUAUGUGUAAUCUAUCAUGUUUUUUUCCUCAUGUACACACGUGUGCUUUGUACACAUUCUCAGAAACCCAUAGAAAAAAACCAUGAAGUCAAUUGAAAAAUUUUGCCACCAGAGGGAGAUGAUGUUGUAUAAAAAGCAUUUGAAGAAAAUUCCUACAAUUAAAUCGUCUUCGUUGCUUGGACGUUGUAACUUUUAUCCAUUAGGAACCUUUCACAAUGAGGUUUGCAUCAAUGCCCUUCGUGUUUUCGUUAUCAGUGGUCUUAGUAUUAUGUCUGACCACCAACGUCGGCGAAUGUGGAACCAACUGGAGAGUUUUUGGCAGCUGUAUCAUCAAGAAGAUGGGUUUCCGAGCCAUCCUAAACAGUGACGUUCGUUGCGCUGCAAUUCAGAUGUUUAAAAGUUUCUAUAAAAUGACCACUAAAAAAUGUAUCAACUGUGACAAAUAUUUUCACUGUCAAGGCAACUACAACGCUGUCUAUAACUGCGGCAAAAAACGUCAAUCAAUACGCACAGCGGAGGUUAUCAGCGAUUGUCGGGAGUUUUCACAGGGCGGAACUGACAGCGAAGCCGACCAAUCAGCCAACAGAUACGGGAGAGGAGGCGGAAACUGUGCCAGAAAGUAUCUUUGUAACGUCAAUUGUAAAUACAACCCGAAAGACGGAACUUGUUCGUCAUCAAAUUGUUGAAAACCAGUCUUCAAUUUUAUCUUUAAACACACAUCCGAGUUUUUUAACUCGAGAAAAGAAAGUAAACAAGAAAGACACAUACAAUAAUGGAACUUCAACUGUUGAAAAUAGCAUACUAGGUAUUUACAUUAAAUA